AAAACCACUUCACUUUGGCAACCAAAAAAGCAUCAAGAACCCUCCGAGGCCUGUUGGAUUGUGAUUCGGAUCAACACUCUGUUCCCCUUCAGAAGAUGUGUCCGAUCAAGAAGGAGAUGAGCGGGGAAUUGGGAUCGCCGUGCAGCGGGGACAACUACUCGCCCUCGACCUCGUCGGAGCAGCAGCAGGGGCACAGUCAGAAGCAGACGGCGUGGACAAAGCGACCGGCGGGGCGGACAAAGUUCAGGGAGACGCGGCACCCGGUGUACCGCGGCGUGCGGCGCAGGGGCAAUGCCGGGCGUUGGGUGUGCGAGGUGCGGGUCCCCGGCAGGCGCGGGAGCAGGCUCUGGGUCGGCACCUUCGACACCGCUGAGAUCGCCGCACGCGCGCACGACGCCGCCAUGCUCGCCCUGGCCGCGGGCGAUGCCUGCCUCAACUUCGCCGACUCCGCCGAGCUGCUCGCCGUGCCGGCAUCCUACCGCAGCCUCGCGGAGGUCCGCCACGCCGUCACCGAGGCCGUCGAGGACUUCGAGCGGCGCCAGGAGCUCGGCGAGGAGGACGCUCUUUCCGGCACGUCUUCUUCGACGCCCUCCUCCUCCUCCCUCACCGACGACGAGGAGGCGUCUUCGCAGGCCGACAAUUCGCCGUUCGAGCUGGAAGUCCUCAGUGAUAUGGGAUGGGACCUGUACUACUCCAGCUUAGCGCAGGGCAUGAUGCUCAUGGCGCCGCCUUUCUUGGUUGCGUCUGCGGCGUUCGGCGAUUACGGCGAGGUCAACCUCGCCGAUGUACCGCUCUGGAGCUACCAGAGCUAGCUAGUUGGCGCCACUUCAAAAAUCCUCCUUUUCUUCAUGUCUUGGCUUCCGAUGCCAAAUUUUGGUGCUGUACGGUCACUGCUUGCAGUUUCUGGUAAUGUGAUUGUGCAAAUUCAGGAAACAGAGCAUGCCUUUUGAUUGACAA